AGAUGUGUUAUCGCUCACACAGUGGAGUUUUUUGUUAGCCCUCCACUGCCAGUUGUUGUUAUUUAAUUGUUUGGAUUACAUUAAAUGACUUUGCUGAUGUGGAAUUGUAAAAGAUUGUUAUUGUUCAACUGCCUUCCUUCGUUGGUAAAACAUUGUAAGAAAUGUAGUCACUUUCAGAAGCAACUUCUAUGUUCUUUUUCCUUGCGAACUUUCUUCAGUGGACCCCAACUAAACCAAACUAGUAAUGCCAAACAAACCUUUAACCCGAAGAAAGCUGUUAUUUUAUCAAAGGUUACACGAUAUGAAUACGAGAAACUGUUGUUUGGUGAUGGCACUGAAGAGCAACUCAUUCAAAAUCUGAGAGGAAAGAUGUCUGAUUACUAUGGCUUGCUUCAAAGACACAACAUCCAUCAACAGUGCGUCCAAAAUAUUACAAAAUCACUUGAGGAUCUUGGAAUUGAAACAAAGGUUGUGCAACGAUUUGACUUUGACAGUAAUUUAAUCAACUGGGCUGAUAUAGUGAUCUCUGCUGGUGGAGAUGGUACUUUCCUUUCGGCUGCAAGCAAGAUUACCAACCGAGACAAGGCGGUUAUUGGAAUAAACACUGACCCUUCCAGAUCUGAAGGUUAUCUUUGCUUACCCAAAAUCAAAACCUACAAUUUGAAAUCUAUGAAAGCCUCUUUUGCCAAACUUCUUGCUGGUGACUUUCGAUGGAAGUGGCGCCAAAGAAUUCGAAUCAGUAUGUCCGGAAAAUAUAUGUAUGAUGAUCCUGUAGAACUUCACGAUCAACAACUACACUUUCAUGAACAUCGUUUCACUGAGCACGUCAGGGAAAACGAAAUGUUUAAUAAAAAUGAGUCUUUAACACCAAAGGACACAACUCGUAUUUUACCCUUAUUGGCUCUUAAUGAAGUUUUCAUGGGCGAAUCUUUAUCAUCACGAGUUUCAUACUAUGAACUUUCUAUUGAUGAAGCACCAAAAAUCAAAUUGAAAAGCUCAGGAAUAACUGUCUGCACAGGAACUGGCUCCAGCUCUUGGCAUUUCCAUAUUAAUCAUAUUCCACAGCAAUCAGUUCAAGAGAUUCUUAAACUUGCUGGAAAAGUUGCCAAAUGUGAUCUGAAUUGGAGUAGUGAUACUGUCCGAAAGGUUACUGAAAGUUUCAACCAGUCUUUGUGGUUUGAUCCUGAAAUCCCUAAAAUGGCAUACACUAUCAGGGAUCCUGUCAUGAAUAGUGUUUUCCAAAUUCCAAAUCCUCGUGGAUGUGUCCAUAAAAUCAAAGUCCAUUCCCGUAUGUGGGACGCGUGUCUUGUGAUCGACGGAGGGUCGUCAUUUACAUUUAACGACGGAGCAGAAGCCACACUUGAAAUACACGAAGAAGAUGCUUUAAGGACUGUUUCUCUGGAUUAAAGACUGACAUGAACUUUAUGCAUUUCUUUUUGUUGGAAAGUUAAAUUAUUCUGAUGUACAAUGACAGAUGAAAUGAAUAGAUUUACAAAUGAGUCUAAGACAUUUACCUCCCAUGGACGAUAAUACCCCAAAAACAAUUACCCCUGAGGACAACUGAUGCUUUAAAACUUCUUAAUAUAUUGGAGAGGGGAUAAUUGUCCUAGGGGGUAGUUGUCGUUGAGGGGAAUUGUCCCAUGGCGGGUAAUUGUCCUGAUACGUUACAAACAGUAUUUUGUUUCAAUCUGCUAGGUAAACAUAUCAAUCUGUGACUCAAGCAAUUGUUGUGUCUGGUGUUCAAGUAUAAGUUAUGAUUUAUUUUCUUUAAAAAAAACAAACAAAAACCCUUUUGUAGAAUAUCUUCCAAAUACAUUUGUAUCAUUUAGCACUGAGUGACUACCGUAAGAAAACUUGCAGGUAACCUACCAACAACUUAGUACAUGUGAGUACAAGCACAAAAACCGGUUCACAAGUCAACAUCAUUAGAUUGUGGCUGACAUAAUGGAAUAGGAGCUUUAUCUGUAUAUUCAAAAUGUUUUCCAUGAACAAAUUUAAAAGGUGUGUGUGUGUGUGUGUGUGUAGCCCAUAUCAGAGAUCCCCUUCGGUCAUGAAUGACCAUGGGAUUGCACCUAGAAAGUUACCCUCUGAGGCACAAAUCCAGGCAAGGUUGUUUAUGGGAGACCAGCAGUCGCCCAUGCAUACCAGCCUCCCUUCUCCAUGCCACCGAUGUUGUCCAAGGGAAAGGCAAAGGGGCCGAUACAGCUUGGCACCAGUGACGUCGCAACUCAUUUCUACAGCUGAGUAAACUGGAGCAGCGUGAAAUAAAGUAUCUUGAUCAAGAACACUACACGCAGCCUGUUCUGGGAAUCGAACUCACAACCUCAUGGUCGUAAGUUUGAUGCUCUAACCACUGAGCCUUGUGCCUUCACAGUAGCCCAUAUAGCACCUUUAUAAAUAGGGCUGAUUUAGUUGUUUCUCCAUAGAUUGGGAAAAACGAUGAACAACCUUAAUGAAUCUUCGAAUCUUAUUGGAUUCUCCUCAUCAGAGUUGUCUUCAUCAAUUUGACCAAUUCCUGAGAAACAGGCACACAUGUACAUCCGUAAAUUGAUGCAUACAUACCAUUCAUGCAUCCGUAAAAGGUUUUGUUAUGCAGUCUUUUAGGCAACCAUAUUAUCAGUUUAAAAUCAAAGAAUAAAUGCAACAGAAAUAUCUGCUUUCAUUUAAAAACACACACAUACACAAGCACUCACACACACACACACGCAUUAAAUGACAACUAAUUAGCUAGGAAUACUGAAACUAUUUGAAGCUAGCUGUAGCAUAAUGUCAAUCCAAAUGCCCACCACCUCAGAUCUAACAUAAUACACAGCAAAAAAAAGUAAGCACUUUUUUAUUGCACUGCAAGAACAAAAGUUUCCAUGGAAAAAAAAAUGAUGUUAUUUAAAAAAAAUACUCGUAAACCAAAGCAUAUAUUACACCCUGAAACGUAUAUCAUCAUCAUUGAACACUUAACAUGAGAUGGAUAAUAUCUCUGCCCUUGUCAUUUCCUUUGUGAGAUCCAACCCCCUGAGAUCUGCUUCCACCUCUUCACCCCAUGUUUUUCUCAUCCUCUUCUUCCUCAGUUCCCUUCCUCUUGCAUCUUUACCCAACAAUCAUCUUCCACAUUCAUCACAUGUUCGUCUCCUUUUUUUUCUUUCUUUCAUCUCUUAUUCAUUCGCAUAAUUGUUCUGCACCAAACCAGGCACACUCUUUCCUGCCUUUGUACCUCCUCUGCAGUCGGUGCCCAUGUUUUGUUGCUAUGCCAAAUUCUCCGCAAGCAUCAUGCAACUUACUCUCCACUCAAAGAUAACACCUCUUUAAACUUUUUGCAACCCAUUCUGACUCUGAUCUCUAUAUUUACGGACACCUUCCACCAAUCCCACACCCAUGCUGCUAUUUACAUCACCUUGGUGACAGGAGCUAUCAAGUGUUCCUUUGGCGCCUUCCUAGCACUCAAAAGUAUUUACUUCAAGAAUAUUCUUGGAGUUCUUUUUGCAUCUGCUGCAUAUGAAGUCUUCCUUUAUUUGCCCCAGCUUAUCUGUGAUCCCUUCUGCACCCGUGUUUACUACUUCAGAUAUGUUGUAUGGAACCCCUACUUAUUCAUUUUGCUACAUAUCAAACAGGACCACUACCCCAAUGGUAGUACAAGGAUCCUGUAUUCUUUCCUGCUUACUAAGACUUCAAUUUUUGCUAACUUUUAUUUUGAGAUUUCUCAAUUCUAGGCUUUGAUUCUAUGUGAAGAAUUUCUUUUUUGUUUGAAAGAUUCAGUUACAAGAAUUUGGUCUUCAUCAUACAGGAGUUCCCGCAGACAGCUGCUGGUAAACUCUUCUGUAAUGGCCUGGAGAACUAUAAUCAACAGAGGGCAGCUGAGAAACAAUCUUUGAUGGACACUUGCUUUUUCACAUGAAACUCUUUACAAAUUCUUACCUUGCUGAUGGCAUCUCUCAGGAAUUGAUGGUCGGGAGGUCUCAUUAAUAAUGGGUCUGUCAGAAGAUAGCCAUUAGGAUAGAAUUGAUAGAAUAUAGCAAAGAAGUAGAAUGAAGAUGAUAUAUUAGCUGAGGAACUGGUCAGGAGUCUAGAAGAACUGGUUUGAAAAGGCAAAAGGACUGAUGCGUUAGCAACCAAAAUAGUGCUUGACUGUCUCUUUGCAAAACAUGAAGGUUGCAUUGUCAGAACUAAAAUAUAAUGGGAGCAUUUUAAUGAAACCCAAUGAACAACAUGUGCCAUUCAAUUCCAGGCAGAUGUGUGCGGUUUUCUAGCAGCCCAUUUUGCAACUGUUUGGGAGUAGAGCGGAGGUAGUGGACUUCAGUGUCUACUUUUGUAGAAGAAAUUAAGUCAGUUCUAUAUUUAAGAGAUGAGGAAUUAUAUACAUUAUUUACAUUUGAUGGAUAUUUGUCCUCAUCUUGUUUGUUGUUAACACGUUUCGGCUGAUAUACCCUCCAGCCUUCAUCAGGUGUCUUGGGGAAAUUUCGAAACUAUGCCCUGAAUAAUAAUAAUAAUAAUAAUAAUAAUAAUAAUAACAACAUUCAAAAAUACCUCAGGAAUGAGAACCCAGGUUUGAAAUUUCCCCAAGACACCUGAUGAAGGCUGGAGGGUAUAUCAGCCGUAACAUUGUGAAAACAACAAACAAGAUGAGGACAAAUAUCCAUCAAAUGUAAAUAAUGUAAAUAAGAAAUUAAGUGUUGUAACAAACAAUGGUGACAGUUGUGAUAGAGUUUGCAUAGAGUGGAUGUGCAAAUGGUAAGUUUCCUUACAGACUUUAUAGAUGCAUAACAAAUGUGUCUAUCACAAGUAGCCAGUCUGAUCUACAAAUGGACUGAGAGGAAGCUGUUGCUGAAUAGCCGGGAAGAGUUGGAGAAUGUAAUAUGAAUAUAUUGCAAGAGAAAGGACUCUUUGUUGAAAGGUUUUGUCUAAAGACAAUCAAAGAGUUAAGUGAUAUACUUCUGUUUUGCAAUUAACAGGUGGGUCUUCAUAUUUUCUCGAAAGGGGAUUUAGAGAAAUUCUGGCCAGUGUGUGGAAGGAUGUGCCUCUUGAAGGAGCAAGGCAUAUGAAAGCAUGGCCUGUCUAAGCUUGAGAAUGAGGCAAAGGGGUUAGCAGAGAUUGUGCACCGCAAUCUUGCCCAUGGUCUGGAGGUACAGAUUAUGGGAAAGGUAUGUAAUAGUCAUGGUCAGAGAUAUUGGGUGCAAACGUGAACCCUCAUCUGGUUGUCUCUUUUGCAGCAUUAUACUGGCAGGAAGUGAGUGCAGAUGAGACCUGUAACAACGUGAUGAAGUGGAGUCUACAUGGACGAUCCUAAUGUCCCCCAAAGACCACAAGGGUAUUCAGUAACAUAUGUCCAUUGCUGGAAUGGUGGUGCAGGACAGAAGGCCCAGUUGCUAUACAUGUAGGAGUAUGAACCAUUUGAGGGUUUUCUGUUAAAAAGGUGAAAGAUUCUCCCAGGCAGCAGCAACAAUAGUUAGGAAGUAGAAGAUGAUUGAUGGUGGUGUAACUGUUGCCAUGACAACACCACCACCGCUCUGGAGAUGGAUGGAGCAGAAACACAAAGCCACCUUAUCCUCAGCACUAGGGAUGAGCCCCUGCAAAGUGAGGGCACUGAGAAACUAAAGGGUCUUUCUUCCCUCCAACGCAGAAGUGACCAGGCUGUUCUAACUUGUGGUGUGGUGAUGAGGAGGAGAUGGGCCCUGGAGAUAGAAAAAGCAUCGGGAAGAAUAGAAAGAAAGACAACUAGGACUGUGGAAGACAGUCACAGAGAGAUAUCUGGUUCUUUGAAAGAAGAAUGAAAGCUUUAGGGGGCUGCUAAAGAAGCUAAAAAUAAAGGGCCAGAAGAAAUGUACUGAAAGCUACCCAAACUAUUCCAAGGGUGACAAGUUCAAAAGAAGCCAUCUGAAGAACUCGUUAGUCCAACAAAAUAUAUUUUGUUGGGCUAAUGACUAUAAGUUAAAUAUUUUAACCAAUCACACAAACUAUGUAGAGCUAAGGGACCACCCUGCAGAGCCUGUGGGAUUCUUCACAGAUUGACUAAAGCCAAAGACGAGCACGUUUGAAUAUGGAAGGUGAAGGCCCAGGGUACAGUGAGGAGAGGAAAGGAUUGCUCAAUACGGAUAAUGAUCUGAGUUGUGGGGUGCCCUAAUCUUCCGAAGUGGGUUUUUUUUUUUAUAGGUGGGUGCUUUUGAUGGUUUACUACAUUUUUUUACCGUCUUCCACAUUUUAUUUGAUUUUGUAGCACCCCACAGGAUUUUGUAACCUUUCUGUAUGGCGUGUUUUGUACAUGUUUUGGCCUACAGUGUCCAAUAAAUUAAUAAUGUUAAUAAAAA